AUGUCAGGGGAACACGGGAAUGGAAUAUUAACUGUACUUAUACUGCUCGCGUUGCAGUUGCAGGUACUACUGGUCGGAGGUGAUUACAUCCCGCCGGCCAAAUCAGACGGUUUCGUUUACAAGAAUCGUCACUUCGAUUACGAUACCAUUCUGAUUGAAGCUUUCUACGAUCCUUUGUGCCCUGACAGCGCUGAUUCAUGGCCACCUCUCAAAAAAGCUCUCCAACACUACGCCGCUCGUGUUUCCCUCGUUGUUCAUCUUCUUCCUUUACCUUAUCAUGACAAUUCUUUUGUUGCGUCUCGUGCUUUGCACAUAGUGAAUGGUUUGGAUAGAUCUGCUACAUUUCCAGUGCUGGAGUCGUUUUUCAAGCAUCAGGAGAAAUUCUACGGUGCUCCAACACGGAACUUAUCUAGAGCUUCUAUUGUAGAUGAAAUAGUGAAGUUUGUAGCAUCUGUAAUUGGGAGCGCUUCUCAGACUUCUAUUAAGAAUGGCUUCAAUGACACAAACACAGAUCUCCAAACCAGGGUUUCUUUUAAGUACGCUACUUCGAGAGGGGUGUCUGGAACGCCUUUUUUCUAUGUGAAUGGAUUUGUGUUGCCUGAUGCAGGAAGUGCUCUUAAUUACAGCAAUUGGAGGAAUGUUAUUGACCCAUUGAUUGGUGCAAAGAAAAGUAUUUAA